GGACUCGGCUUGUAUUCCGUAAGUAAACUGCUUCGCAAAUAACGUUACUCGGCUCACGGAGAGGCGACGUUGUCCGAACGUUUUCGAUGAAACGAUUUUUAUUCGGCUAUCGUAAUUGGUACAGAACGGACUGGAAAAAAGAACUGGUGUGCCGUUCGAAAGUUCAUAGAACCGCCAUUGCUGCUACCGAGUGGCAAUCUGACAGCGGCCCGACGAAAUUGUUUCGGCCGCGAGAGUUUCCUAAACCUGGUGUGCCUUCUCGAUACCGUGAUAGUUUAGUUCGUGAUUCGUGACCGAAAAUCGUGAUCAGGGGACUCGUUGAAUUGGAAACAGACACGAACUAGUUCGACCUUAAAAGUCAUCUGCCGUAGAUCGGUCUGUUCACGGUGUUCCGAGAGAAAACUGGGUGAUAAUUCGGGAACGCGUGUCCUCAAUUGAAUUAACAUGUCGGAUACUAGACGACGUCGAAAGUCGAAUCAGUCGUGCGGUUCUGACGACCUCUCGGAUUCCUGUGAAGAGUUGAAUGCAACGAAAGAAACCCAGAGCAGUGAACAAACCGAUGGACACCAAGAUUCGGAAUGUGAUAUUUAUCCGUCUGACUCCGAUGUUGAAUCUCAGGAUGGUGCAUUAAGAGAAAGUGGAGAUGGCCAAGAAGAAGAGAAGCCACAAAAGAAAUUGGACGACGAUGAAGACAGACGUAAUCCGCAAUAUAUUCCUAAAAGGGGGACAUUUUAUGAACACGACGACCGUACAACGGAUGAAGUGACAGAGACUAAUCCAGAGACACAGAAUGAAAGGGAGACCAAAGAGAAGAAGGUAUGGAAGGACAAAGAAGAUAGAUGGGAUCAUGACAGAUACAACGAUGAAGAACAGGCUCCAAAGAGCCACGAGGAACUCAUAGCAGUUUAUGGUUAUGAUAUUAGAAACGAAGAAGGUCCACCUAGAGCUAGAAGAAGAAGAAGAUAUGGUCGUGGUCCCAAUAAAUAUACACGUAACUGGGAGGAUGAAGAUGCAUAUGGAAAACCAGGAACUAACAUUUCCAAUAGACAUAGAAAGUUUAAUAGAAGCGGAGAAGAUUUUCCUGCACUAGGAACUAACAAAAAUGCUCCUGCACAAGUAGAAGAGCCAGUAAUCUCAUCCGCUUGGUAUAGUAGUAAAAAUAAAAUACAGAACAAAGUACAAAACUUUCCACCCCUACAAACUCAGAGUGAUAGUCCAAAAACAAAGUCAAGCAGUACAUCUAAUGCUCAAACAAAUGAAAACAAAGCUCCUAAUGAACCGACAAACCCAGCCUGGAAAAAGGAUACCAAACACACUUCGCACGCUCAAAGCAAUAAUGGCAAUAAUGGAGCUGGCGGUGACGCGGAUAAAUUAGUUACUGCAAAGACAUCUCCGAGAGAUAAUAACAAGAGGAACGUCCAAGAGUCUGUAAGCUUGGCAGCGAGUAGAACUCGUGGACGAGGAUUCAAGACAAACCCUAAUAACAAUAUGGUUACUAAUAGAGCUAUUGAAACUAAACCAAAGGGACGCGGGGCUGGUCCAAUCACCACGGAGAAUAAGAGAAAUAGUAACAUACAAAACGAUGACGAACAACAAAUUACACAUGACAUGAAGCAUGUUAGCGUUAACGAUAGUACGCAGUAUCAUCAAAGUGGAAGACAUAACAAAAGUUUCUAUGGACAGUCUUCCAAUCAACAGAGGUCAAACACAGUACCCCCAAGAAUGCAACAACAAACUCAUUCAUCGCCGCAGCAACAACAACAACAACAGUCGCUUCAACAAGAUAGUUCCGCCAAUAGACCAAAGCGAUACUCCAGCUUGCGGCAACGUCCUACAGUUGCUGAAAAUCCUCCGCAACAGAAUUAUCCUCCUCAGCAUGGACAGCAUGGACAACAUACCCAACAUAAUCAACACAACCAACAUAACCAGCAUAGCCAACAUAAUCAACAUAAUCAACAUAAUCAACACAGCCAACAUAACCAACAUAAUCAGCAUAAUCAACAUGGAUAUUUUCCCCCACAAGCUGGCAAUUCAAGAGGUGUUUUAGAGUCACAAGGAUACCCACAAGGCCAUUUCGAACAGACAACGCCUGUUGCCGCAGCCGCCACGCCGUUAGCUGCACAGCCUGUUAUUCCUUUACCACCUAACGGUCAACCGGCUAGCUACGCUCCACCGCCAUUUUUAGUACCACCGCCGCAGUUCAUACCUCCGCAGACUGCUCCACCUAGUAUAAUUAAUUACGUUCCGGGUCCGAACGGUCCAGCAUUUCAACCGAACUUUCAAGGUUACCAAGGAUACACUCCACCAGUUCAGCCGCAACGCCCCCCACCACCGCAAGAACUUUUCCAACCACAGGGUUGUACUUACUAUAGUCCAGCGCAACAGCAACAACAGCAACAGCAGUCGGCUCCGAUGAGACGGCCGAAAGCGGCGAUUCCGAUUCUGCCACCGCCCGACAACCAACAGCAUCAGAGCACUAAAGGAAGGGGUAGAAGUAUACAGUCGCAACCGACGAGUCAGCCUGGUGGCAUUCAGCAGACUGAGCAGGAGGCUAAGACAAACUCGGUGGAGGACGAACAGAAGACUGUAUCCGAACAGUUUGACAAUACUCAAAUCGAACAGGCAGCCACUCCGGUUCAGGAGCCAGAGAAAACCGGAGAUCUGAGUGCAAUAGUAGAGACUGUGGUCGAGAACGAAGAGAAGAACGACGUUAAGGACGACGUUAAGGACGACGUUAAGGAAGUUGUCGAUACAGAUACACCAGUGGCCUCGGAACUCGUCGCGACGGACUCUGCGGUCGAGACGAUCAGUGCUAGCGACACGUCGAAGGUUACUGUAGACGAUGAAAAUAUUAUUCCCGUUACGCCUCCGACGGUUAUCGAAAAGUCUGAAAUUGAUCCUGUCACAAUUGAGAGCAGUACGGCCGAGAGUAAAGAGGCGGGUCCGCUGGUGGAGGAGGCAACCGCUUGAAAGAGGAACGCCGCGCAGUCUCUCUCUUAACCUUUCUCACAAAAGACGUAAUUGUGAAUCUUCGCGAGUACGAGUAUGCAUAAUAUUAUAAAGGAUGCCGUGUAAUUUGAAUAGAAGUUACUAUGCAACUAUGUAUAGGAAAUUGAUUUCGCGCGCCGCUCGAGGAACCGCGGCGGCGAUCGGAUGUGUGUGCGCGUCAUACGUAUCUCGAAUGAAUUUUAUGUAAUUCCAGCAUGUUGUAUAUUUCGUAGCUCGCAUUUGUAACAAUGUUCCCGCUAC